AUGCAUAUCCCAUCGUCCACAUGCUCUUCUCCCCCUCGGUCAAUAACGUCAAGCCAGAUAUGGGCCAUAGAAGCCGUCACGCCGGCGGGAGUCAAUGAAGUCGUGACCUUCAUCAACAACGCACGCCAUGAUAUGUUUCCCACGCUGCACACGCAGCUCACGGACGACGUCGCGCGCUGGGUCCGAAGCGGCACGUUCCUCGCUGCAAAAGACACUGCAUCCCACAAACUAAUCGCCACGAUCGGUUUCGUGCCGUAUGAUCAUCGCUUUCCCAGUCUUGACUAUCAGGACGUGCACACUGUCGAGGUCGUAAGAUUGUAUGUCUUGCCGCGGUACAGAAGGGGUGGGCUUGGUGCGAGGUUGUUCGAGGAGCUGAGGGGGAGGGCCGAGGAGCAGGGGGUGCGCAGGUUGUAUUUGCACACGCAUCCCUUUUUGCCCGGGGCGGUGGGGUUUUGGGAGAAGAGGGGGUUUGGGGUUGCCGGGGUCGAGGAGGAUGAGGUGUGGAGGACGACGCAUAUGGAGAUGGUAGUGGGGCGGGGGAAGUGCUGAUGGAGGUUCAGAGGCGAUUCUAGGUUGGUCUCAGGCGGAGGUCAUGGCUGUUGAUAACAGGUUGGGCACUUGGCCGGUCUGUAUCUUUACCUUGCCGUUGCUUCCGAAUCUGGAAAGCACGCUGGGUGAGUGAGGUUUCACUCGCCAACAAACCAACGCGCACACCCAACCUUUCAACCACACGAAUAGACGCCAUAAAAUCAUAUACCUAUAUAUGAGCGCUAGAGUAAAACACUUUCAUCAUUCGACGGUCUCAGGAG